CCGCCUUCUUUAUGGCCGAUGUUGAUGUGUGGAAAAUGGUGAUUUACUCGUUUCAACGGGGUUUCAUUAUCGUUAUUUUACUGGCUGGCGUGUUAUUUUUCUGCUUCGGACGGACGGCCUCUACUAUGCUUCAGAUUCUUGGCCUAGAAAUUACGAAAUUCAUUUCAAGUGAUGAUGACCAGCAAUCUUUUGAAAACAUCGAUGCUGUCAUAGCUAAAUGGAAUCGCCAAUAUUUCAUGGCCAUUGAUUUUGUCCAUCAGUUUAACCGCUGCUUUGGUUGUUUGUUACUCGUCCUGAUUGCACCGAUUUUCAUUCGAGUAAUCAGCACUUCAUUCUUUCUGAUGAUUGAAUUAAAAGACGGCCAGUGGACGGCGGCCGUUACUCUGAAUUUGAUUGUAUUGCUCGUUCAUUUUGUGGCUUUCAUAUUUGCUGCAAAUAUUCCACACAGAAUUCGUCAAGAGGCUAUUGAAUUAACCAAGAAGCUGCGCAGAUUUCAACUUAAAGAUUUUACCCAUCAGAAUCAGUGUUCGGUCAGAACUUUAAAAUUUAAAACUAAACUAUAA